AUGAAGCGCCCUUGCGAGGAGACGACCUCUGAGAGCGACAUGGACGAGACCAUCGACGUGGGGAGCGAGAACAAUUACUCGGGACAAAGUACUAGCUCUGUGAUUAGAUCGAAUUCUCCAACAACGACAUCUCAGAUUAUGGCAAGAAAGAAAAGGAGAGGGAUAAUAGAGAAAAGGCGUCGAGAUCGGAUAAAUAACAGUUUAUCUGAGCUGAGACGACUGGUGCCAACCGCUUUUGAAAAACAAGGAUCUGCAAAGUUAGAAAAAGCUGAAAUACUGCAAAUGACAGUCGAUCAUUUAAAGAUGCUUCAGGCAACUGGGGGUAAAGGCUACUUUGACGCCCAUGCUCUUGCCAUGGACUUCAUGAGCAUUGGAUUCCGAGAGUGCUUAACCGAAGUGGCAAGGUACCUGAGCUCUGUGGAAGGCCUGGACUCCUCCGAUCCACUGCGGGUGCGCCUGGUCUCUCAUCUCAGCACGUGUGCCUCACAGCGAGAGGCGGCGGCAAUGACCUCCUCUCUGGCCCACCACCAUCACCCCCUGCAUCCUCACCACUGGGCGGCGGCCUUCCACCACCUUCCAGCAGCCCUGCUCCAACCCAGUGGACUCCACGCCUCGGAGCCCACGCCUUGCCGCCUCUCCACCACUUCAGAAGUGCCUCCUGCCCACGGCUCCACCCUCCUCACGGCCACGUUUGCCCACGCAGACUCUGCCCUUCGGAUGCCGUCAACAGGCAGUGUCGCCCCCUGUGUGCCACCUCUCUCCACUUCUCUCUUGUCCCUCUCAGCCACUGUCCACGCGGCCGCUGCAGCAGCCACGGCAGCUGCGCACAGCUUCCCUCUGUCCUUCGCUGGGGCGUUCCCCAUGCUCCCCCCAAACGCAGCUGCAGCCGUGGCAGCUGCCACAGCCAUCAGCCCUCCCUUGUCGGUAUCAGCCACGUCCAGCCCUCAGCAGACAAGCAGUGGAACAAACAGUAAACCUUACCGACCCUGGGGGACAGAAGUGGGAGCUUUUUAAGUUUUCCCUGAACUUCUUGCAGUAGUAACUGAAUGUCCUUCAUUUCAGAGUCAGCUUAAAACCUCUGCACCCUGAAAGUAGCCAUACAGAUGUCUGCGGAUCCACAAAGGAACAAUAAAGCUAUUUGAGACACAAACCUCAGAAGUGGAAAUGUGGUAUUAUCUUUUUUCUCUGUUU